AUGUUGGCGGUUUCUUGUUUGUUGAUACUGUCCAUUGCCGCGCGAUGGGCCGCCGCAGAGUGCUACCUACCCAACGGCGUCGAUCGAAAUCAGGCCAAGAGCGCCGGCAGCUUUUACGAACGAUGCAACAACGCCACGGAUGUGAGCAUGUGCUGCAACACGGGGCUCGGUGAUAUCUGUCGGGAAAAUGGACUUUGUUUCAACCCAAACACCGAGCAAGUCUGGCGCGAGAGCUGCACGGAUCCCACGUGGAAGUCGCCCAGCUGCCUGAAGCUGUGUGUUAGCGAUAUCCUCAAUUCCGAGGGCGUUGCCAUGCUGAGUACAGACAUAAUGAUCACCAUUUGUACCGAUGGAAGCCUCUGCUGUGGUAGCCGGGAUGUCACAGAGGAUUGCUGUCGGGAUGGCUCUGGCUUCGUGAUUAAAGAUGGCGAGGUUGUAGCGGCAUCGCAGGAUAAUUCGUCGCCCGACGACAAAUCUAGCUCCGGGCCCGACAAGGCAGUGAUUAUCGGCGCGGUUCUCGGCUCGGUCUUAGGAGUCGUGCUCAUCGUCCUCGCUGCGCUCUUCAUACGGCGGAAACGCCGCGGCCGAAAGCCCCGCCCGUGCAGAGUACCCCUGAUGAGACGACUGACGUUGCCACCGCUACGCCCACAAAAGGACCCAAGGCCUUGUUCACGGCUCCAGUUGAACUACAUGCGUCCCCGAAACUUCAAGUAA